UCCCCAAUAGCACACCAUCGUGAUCUGUCUUCGGCUGCUCGCAUCCAGCUCCUGCCAACCAUCUUGCGCAGAUCAUCACGCCACCGUGUCUGAAUCUAAAUUCGAACAGUGUAAUUCCAGAAACUGCAAUUUUGCGCUAUAAUAUCAGACUCCGCUUUUUACUUACAUUAACAAGCGGCGUAAAGUAUAUUGUACUACAAAGGAAUCGAUUAGAAACAUUAACUAUGGGAUUUACUAAAAUAACUUGUAGUAUAGGAUACCAUGUCAAUUACCACUGUGCACUUCGAUUCAAGCGUGGGACAAGUAUUUGUGUGAUCCACAAGCAUUUGCUCUAAGUCUGUGUCAUUUUGCAUGUAAUUUAAAUCUCUUUAAUACCCACGACACAAGGAUUCAAUUCCCUAAUUCGGGUCUCGUUUUGUCUUUUGUCAAAACAAUUGAAUACAAAGAACCUACGAUUUACAGAAAGUUCGACAGUCCUUAGUAAAACGAAACAAUACCAGUUCUCCAUAAAGUACUGUUAUAUUAAAAUUUACGAACCUACAUAAAUAUUUCACAAUGUAAACCUCAAUAAAACAACCCAAUACAAUAUUUAUGACUGCAAAGUUAUAAAAAUUAUAUGAACUGUUCCCAAUGUACAGAAUAUAAAGUAUUUGUUAAAAAUAUGUGGAAUAAUGUAUUGUUUGUAAUAUCUACCUUCGUAUGCAUAGAAUCAAAAAAAUCUGGAAGAGACAUAUCUGUUGAAUUUACAAAAGACAUCAACGUCGGGCUGGACCAGUUUGGGGUGAACCCCAUCAGCCAGGUGGACACCCAGGACCUUGAGGACACACGACGACGGCGCCAUCACAAGAACGGACUGCGAAUACGCAAUGAGCACCCCGUCAUCUUCAACCCUAAGGGGAACUUACGCAUUAAAGGGGGAAAUGCGACUGACACGAGGAACUACCCUUAUAUGGCAGCUGUCAUUAUAAAUGGUAGGCUGUGGUGUGCGGGGACCAUUGUUGAUGUUAACUGGGUGGUUACUGCUGCCCAUUGCUUGAAUUAUGUUCUCCACGUGUCUCCACUUAAAACGCUGGGUCAGUACGUGAAGGUGAGAGUGGGCAGCUCGAAACCCCACGAGGGUGGAACUCUCCUGGACGUGAUUGGCGCUGUGCGGCAUCCCAAAUUUGAGGAGGAACCCGUACCACACGCUGAUGUUGCGCUCCUGAAGCUAUCAGAAAACCUUGAGUUCAGUAGACACAUCAGCCUUCUGAAGAUCUACGAGGGGAUAAAGGAACCAUUCGCACAAAGUUUCAUCGUGGUUACAGGGUGGGGAUCGGCCAGGGGUACAGACACAGCCUUCAGGGAGCACACGCCUGACAUGAUGACGGCGCGUCUGAAGGUCCGCUCGCAGCACUACUGCAUCGACGCCUACCAGCUCGUCAACGGCUUCCAGUUCACCAUGGACUUCUUCUGCGCUUCGUUGAGGAACGGCACCAGGGAUGCGUGUCUGUUUGACGCAGGCGCUCCGGCGGUGCAGCAGAACAGGUUGAUGGGUGUGAUGAGCUUCGGGCCGGAGCACUGCGGCCACGAGUACCAGCCUGCUGUCUUCGUUAAGGCAUUCUAUUUCAGGGACUUCGUAAAAUCUACAAUAUCGUCAUACAAGACGACGGCAGAGCUGAUCGACGCCAUGCAGGAGGUGGACCCUGAGGUCCCGGUGAUGCCACUUCACCAGUCUGCUGAGAAACCGGCGCCGGUUGCUGACAUGGAUGAGCUGCAGAGCUACAAUGCUGUCACCGAUCCCGACAUGAGACACGACUGAUUAAAGUGAAACGUGUAACUGUCACACGCGAAUGAAAUAAAACCUUUUUCAAAAAAACUUGAUUGAUUUGAUUUUAAACUAUCUAUUGACAAAUAAAAAAAACAUUUAAAAACGGAAUGGCACAGAAAAGCAGGUUUACCCUGAAAAAUAUCCUAUUUAUGAAUACAUAUGAAUAGUCGAGCCCUUUCAUUUG